AUGGAGAGCAGCGGCGGAGGUGGUGGUGCCGCUGCAGGAGGGAGGAGCAGUUCAACGGCGGGGAAUAAGAGAAAAAACGAGAAGCCAUAUAAAGGUAUAAGGAUGCGUAAAUGGGGGAAGUGGGUGGCGGAGAUUAGAGAACCAAAUAAAAGAUCAAGAAUUUGGCUAGGAUCUUAUUCCACAGCGGUGGCGGCAGCGAGGGCCUAUGACACAGCCGUGUACUGUCUCCGGGGACCAUCUGCCAAGCUGAAUUUCCCAGAUGAAAUCGCUGCCAGUGGACUUAAAGAUCUGUCCGCGGCGGCGAUUCGGCAGUUGGCGUCGGAGGAGAAGGUUGACUUGAACCAGAAGCCCAAGCCGGAACCCGAUGAUCCAAGUCUUGAUUACUGGGAAUCAUAG